GUACAAUUAAGUGUAUGAAAAAAAAAAAAACAUUAUGCAUUUCAAAAGUGCUGUUAUUCUUUUUGCGUUGUACUUCGUGACCGCGGCACAGAGCGUCGCACUCAACGAGAUUCAACUUGACGAAAUUCGUCUUUUAUUCAGAACAUACGAAAAUGGUAUAUAUAACAUUUCCAAGGAUGAUAUCGUAUCUAUGGGAGAAAGUAUUGGCAUGAAUAAUAUUUCAGAUUUCGUAUACAAACAAGGCGUGGCAAACGCUAUACAAUUACUAGAUCUUUUGGUAUUUCUGGCCAACAACGAUAAAAAAACUGACGACAUUAAGAAAUCAAGUUUAUUGCCCUACGAAGUAAAAUUUUACGUGGACCUGUUCAGCAAAAAAGACCGAGAGGGCAAUAAGGAUGGUCUUCUUGGCUACGACGAGGUAAUGGAAGUCAUUGACGCUUUAGAUCUAGAAAAUUGGACAAGUUUUGAUUAUUCAAAAUCGGCCCUACAGUGUUUAAAAAACGGAUUUGAAAUAAAUAAAAAAAUUAACGCCUCGGAUUUCUUACAUCGCAUUUGGGAAGUAAAACCUGAAGGCACAGGUCUAGACCGGAAGCAGGUUGAGGACCUGAUGACGUUACAUAAUGAUAACAAAAUUGACGGUCACAUUAACCCUGUGGGAAUAAUGAAAUUUUUAAAAAAGUUAUCUAUAUUUAAAAAAGACUACGAAGGCCAAUUGGCUUUUGAUCCUAAGCGAAAGGCUGCUUUGGAGUUGCAAGAUCUGUUGAUGCUUUCAGCAGAAUACAGCAAUGAGGAAAAAGUUGGUACCGUCUAUACUACCCCUUCAGUUAGACAGGGUUUAUCGGAUUUCUCUAUCCAAGACGUCAACAAAGACGGUCUGCUCGACAACGACGAAGUUAUGGAAAUUGCAAACCACUACGUGUCUACCUCGAUAACAAAAGAGAACAUUGUCUCUUUCAUGAUCAAACACGAUGCCAAUAAAGACCAACGUUUGGACCUAGCGGAGUUCUUCAUGGCGCUAUUUAAGGAGGGUGUUAAUUUGUCAUCAUACGAUGCAAAUGAUGAAAAAAGUGUACAUCUAUACAAACCGUAUAAAUUUAGUUUGAUAUGAAACCGAUAUAGGUUUGUACAGAUAUUCGUUUAAAUUGUUAAGU